AUGAUUGACGCAGCAACACCGUUUAAUUAUGGCAGUACACCAUUUGGCAAUAUGACAACAGCUGGUGCCGCAAUAACAUCAGUGAAUACAAAAUUAAAUUUGGAUUUAAGCCGUAACACAAUUAUAGAUAGUCAGAGUGUUAAACCACCUUCGCCGAUUGAAUAUAAGCCGAUAUUACCUGUAACACCAACUGUUACUCAUUCAUCGCUAGCCCCUUCAUCCUCAUCAACGGCGGCAGCAGCUGCUGCCGUAAUGGCAGCUUCUUUAGCAAUGCCAUCAACAAAUGCUGCUGGCACACAAAACGCAUCAGCUUUAUAUAAAUUAAAUAUGCUAUCACCAACAACUCCAUGUCGAGUACAAACUGUUCACCAACCACAUCAAUAUCCACCACAACCGUCAUCAACUGGUUCUGCGUCACCUAAUUCAAAUUUAUCUGCAAGCGCGUCGCCAACUGUUUUUCCAUCACCAUCGUAUUCAUCAUCAAGUUCAUCUACAUCACAAAAUGAUUUAACUAAUAGCAGUAGUGGUAACAGUGGUGCUACUACCAGUGGUUAUGCAGCCACCUGGAAUACUUAUGGUUUAUCGUCAAGACCACAUCCACAAUUUCCAUAUACACAAUACGCCUCAGAUUAUUAUGGUAACAUGAGUAUGACAUCGGCGGCAGCGGCAGCUGCAGGAGCUUGGUUUUCACAGGAUCGUUUAUAUUCAAGUUGGCCGGCUGCUGCAUAUAAUAGUUUCCCAAGUUUGGAUGAUAUAGCUUUUCAAACCCAAUUGCAACGUCGUAGCAUACGUUGUACAUGCCCCAAUUGUACUAAUGAAAUGUCUGGGCUUCCACCAAUAGUUGGACCAGACGAACGCGGUCGUAAACAACAUAUUUGCCAUAUUCCUGGUUGUGAACGUUUGUAUGGGAAAGCCAGUCAUUUAAAAACUCAUUUGAGAUGGCAUACUGGUGAAAGACCAUUUUUGUGCUUGACCUGUGGUAAACGUUUUUCCAGAUCUGAUGAAUUGCAACGACAUGGCAGAACACAUACAAACUACAGACCAUAUAGUUGUCCAAUAUGCGCUAAAAAAUUUUCAAGAAGUGAUCAUUUAAGUAAACAUAAAAAAACUCAUUUUAAAGACAAGAAAAACAAAAAAGGAGCAGAGAAUAAGGAGCAACAACAACAAACGAAUUCAUCAACAUCAUCGUCGACUUUAAUCAAAAAGGAAAAAAUGGAAUCAACAGGACAAAACAAUAACAAUAAUAAUGUUCAAACAUCUAGAUUAACAGAAGAUGCUGAUAAUAAUAGUAAUAAUAACAUUAAUAAUAAUAUUAGUAGUGCUCAAAGAAAUAAAGUACAAUCACAUCAUGAUCCACUUCAAAGGACUGGUGGUCAUAAUAAUAGUUUAGCACAAAAUACAAUUAGACAAAUGGGAACAAAUAGCGCAAUUAGUAAUUCAAAUAGCAAUAUAUCCACUUUACAACAUCAUCAACAGCAACAAUCUAAAGAAAUUAACAAUUCUUCUGCUCAUUCCGCUAUUAAUAAUAAUACUAAUAAUAAUAUUACGUCAAGAACAACUUUAACAUCAACAAGCUUUAUGAAAACAGAACCAACCUCGCCAUCUACCUCACAUUCAAAUCAAAUUUCUUCAGGUUAUUUAUCAGCAGUAAGUCCAUAUUCAUCAAUGUAUUCAUCAUCAUUACCAUCAUCAUCUGGAUUAUCUGUUACAUCAUCAACUUUAUCUCAAUCUUUAUCUCCAUCUUCUUGUCUUACUAGUUCUUCAAAUUAUUUAUCUAGCAAUAAUAUAUUAAAUAGUAAUUGUAGUGGUAAUAAUAGUUCAACAUCAGGUCUUUUUCCACAAGGCUACCAUCAUCAUCACCACCAUCAUUUAUCAUCAGUAUUACCUACACCAUCAUCAUCAUCGUCAUUAACAUCUACAUCACCAUCCGCGAAUAUAUUAUAUAAUCGUAAUAAUGAGUCUUCAGAAAUUGGAACAACGUCGGUUCAUAAUAACACUGUUAGUGCUUCUUCUAUACAUCAACAACAGCAGCAUCUUUCUAUGGGUUCUAAAUUAAAUUUUGGUGCACCUUUAGGUGGACCUACAACAAGUGUUUCAUCAGUACCACCAACAUCAUCGCAUCAUAAUCUCCAUCAGCAAUCAAACUAUAACUAUAAUGGUUUAUGUGGACCAGCAGUAACUUCUGAUAGUAACAAUAAUAAUCAAGAACAACAUCAACAAAAUUCUUCAUCCGAUACCGGUGCUCUUACAGCAAAUUGUGGUAUUAACUAUUAUGAUCCAAGUAACUAUUCAUCAUCAACUUCAUUAACUCAUCCACAAUUCAAAUGUCCUGAUUAUGCAUCAUAUACUGAUUUUACACAAAAUGGUAUGAUGCCGGUUGGAUAUCAUCAUCCACAUUGGUCUAAUUAUCCUCAUCACCCGCAAAUGAAUUGA